AUCGCAAUCUAGAACCAAACCGCACUUCUUGAGCUAAAGUUUACUUCGAGAAGUUCGUCGCUUGUUGCUAUGGAAACGGCGGUACAGUUGAUACAAACAUGAAAUAAUUUUCAGAACAGUUUUUGCGCAGAACUUCAGCGGAAGCCCGGUAGUUUGUUCAGCAUGUUUUCGCAAAAUAUGAUUAUUCGCGAUGGAGAAUAUACGAAAAUAAUAUACACAAUGAUCAAGGAGGAACGAUUCCAGGAUGCAAUAAACACGCUCAAUACUAUUCCGGAAUCUUCUACAACCCGUGCCGGGCUGUCCUUGCUGGGUCAUUGCUACUAUCAAAUGCAGGACUUUAUAGAGGCGGCCAAUUGUUACGAACAUCUUAUAAAUCUUGUCCCGGACGUGCAAGAGUACCGGCUGUACUACUCGCAAUCCCUGUUCCAAGCGGGUCUAUUCGAUGAGGCACAGAAAAUCAUAGCAACCGGGUUAGAUUCUCCCGAGUUGAAAGAGAAAGUAUUGCAACUGCAGUCAGCAAUUGCCUACGGUAAUGAGGAUUACACGGCGGCACAGUCCCUGCUAUUGCAGCGCCAGGACGGCAAUGGACAGGAGGCGAGCACUAAAAACGAUGAAGGAUGUCUACUAUACCAGGCAAACAUGUACGAGGACGCUCUGCAGCGGUACGUGUCUGCGCUGCAAGCGGGUGGCUUUAAUCCGCACGUCGCUUACAAUGCGGCCCUGUGCCACUAUCGGCGAAAGGAAAACUCGCAAGCAUUGAACUACAUCGCCGAAAUUGUGGAGCGUGGCAUCCGAAAUCAUCCCGAGCUGGGUGUUGGAGCGCAGGCGGAAACCGAAGGCGGUGCCCGUAGCGUCGGAAAUCCUCCAGCUCUGGCUGCUUCUGGUCUCGCCAAGGCCUUCAAUCUAAAGGCAGCGAUCGAGUACCAGGAAGGAAACGUUGAAGGUGCCCGUGAAGCUUUGACCGAUCUACCACCACGCUCCGAACCGGAGCUUGAUCCAGUAACGCUUCACAAUAUGGCGCUAACUGAUCCGACUGGCGGUGGGGCCGGUCUACGCCGGCUAGCGUUCUUGCUCGAGCUUGGACCACCAACCUGUCCACAGGAAACGUUUGCAAAUUUGCUGCUGCUUUGCUGCAAGCACGAAAUGUACGACACGGCGGCCGAUAUCUUGGCCGAGCAUACGCAUCUUACCUACAAAUACCUUUCGCCCUAUCUGUACGAUCUGCUGGAUGCACUGAUCACCGCCCAAUCAACUCCAGAGGAAGCGGAGCAAAAGCUUGGCACACUAGCCAGCAGCAUCGGCGGCAGAUUGCGGGCCCUGGCGGCCAAGGUUCAGGAAUGUCGUUCGGCAACGGAUCAGAACGCGCUGCGGAUGGCACUGCGCGAGUACGAGGGAGCACUCGAAAGCUAUCUACCGGUGGCAAUGGCGCGGGCCUGGAUUCCUUGGCGCAUGGAUGAUUUUCAGGGCGCUGAACGUGAAUUUCGUGCCAGUGCAGAGUUCUGCUCCGAAACUCCCUCCUGGCGAUUGCAUGCCGCUCACGUACUGUUUAUGCGUGGUGACCGGUACAAGGAGGCGGCCGCCUUCUAUGAACCGAUCGUGCGCCAGAACUACGACGACAUCCUGUCAAUCCCGGCGUCUGUGCUGGCGAAUCUGUGCGUUGCGUACAUCAUGACGUCGCAGAACGAGGAAGCGGAAGAGCUGAUGCGCAAGGUCGAACGGGCAGAGGAACGGAAGGGCAAUGCAACCGGCCAGUGUUUGCAUCUGUGCAUCGUGAAUCUCGUCAUCGGUACGUUGUACUGUGCGAAGAACAAUUACGAGUUUGGUCUCUCGAGAAUUGCUCACGCAUUGGACGGUGGUUCGGGAGCACGGCUGUGUGCCGAUACCUGGAUCCAUGUCAAGCGGUGCGUUUUGGGACUGUUGACGGGGAUGGCCAAGCAGACGAUUGUGCUGCCCUCGAUUGCGUUGCAGGAAACGCUUAACUUCUUGCGAGCAUGCGAAGCGUACGGCAUAACCAUACCGUCCGUGCUGACUGGACCGUUGGAGGACUCCGGAGAACAGCCUCCGACCAUCGGACUGGAAGCAAGGAAACUACUAGCGUUGCUGUUGCGACUGAUGGAGUACAAGUGAGCCGGAGCGAUCGUACGUUUCGUGAUCUAUUAUAUGACUUUGCUGAAAGGUUUCCAAUUAGUUUGGGGUGUGGUUUGAAUUAUGUGCAUUUGAAAAAGUUUACAUCUACUUAACUACAUCAUAUUUUUUAUCUUUUAUUUUCAGAAAAGUGAAUUUGCUUUUAAAAUGAGAAAUGUAGAGAUUCUAUUCAUAUCCCUUUCCCAACCCUAUCACCCAAAAAUAUAAAACACACAACAAAUUGAACUUAGCUAAUAUAACAAGCAAAUAAC